AUUCAGGCAAAAGCCUGGAAGGCAGACCAUUGACAAAACUCUGGAUUCUAUCCAUAUUUUCCCUAAUUUUUCCAUUGUUAGUUCCUAAACAUGUUGCUUCAUUUCAGGAGAGCGUUUGUCCACUGGGGCUGGCUGUGACACACAGCUGCAGUCCUAUCAAACUCCUUUCUCUGUCAGUGUUCAUGUGCACACCAUGAGAAGAAGCUCUUGAUGUCAGUCUAGCUUGCAGCUGGCUCAUGCCCUCAUUCUGUGUCAACUCUUUCUCCUCUUGUCUCUCUCUCCUCACAGGGGGCCAGCUUUGGUGCACCACUACGAAGGCCAUCUCAGAGGGAGAAGAGCUCAUUGCCUUUGUGGUAGAUUUUGACUCAAGGCUACAAGCUGCCAGUCAGAUGACUCUCACAGAAGGGAUGUACCCGGCCCGCCUGCUGGACUCAAUUCAGCUGCUUCCUCAGCAAGCUGCCAUGGCUUCUAUUUUGCCCACAGCUAUUGUCAAUAAGGACAUCUUCCCUUGCAAAUCCUGCGGCAUCUGGUACCGAAGCGAGCGGAACCUGCAAGCCCACCUGAUGUACUACUGCAGUGGGAGGCAAAGAGAAGCUGCUCCAGCGUCUGAAGAAAACGAAGACAACACUCAUCAGAUUGCCAGCCUGUGUCCCUUCCCACAAUGCACCAAGAGCUUUUCCAACGCCCGAGCUCUAGAAAUGCACCUGAACUCACACAGUGGAGUGAAGAUUGAGGAGUUCCUGCCCCCAGGGGCAAGUUUAAAAUGCACGGUCUGUAGCUACACGGCUGACUCCGUGGUCAACUUCCACCAACAUCUCUUCUCCCAUCUUACUCAAGCUGCCUUCAGAUGCAACCACUGCCACUUUGGCUUCCAGACUCAGCGGGAGUUACUGCAGCACCAGGACCUCCAUGUCUCCGGUGGCAAACUUCCCAGAGAAGGCGACAUGGAGCACUCUCCAAGUGGAACUGAAGACAGCUUACAGCCAGCCUCAGACUUGUUGGCCAGAAGCGACCUCUCCCAGAGCCAAAAGGCCUUGCAGACUAAAGAUGCAAGCUCAGACACAGAACUGGAUAAGUGUGAGAAAAAGACUCAGCUCUUUCUCACCAACCAGAGACCAGAGAUACAGCCUGCAGCAAACAAACAAAGCUUUUCUUACACAAAAAUAAAGUCUGAGCCUUCCAGCCCGAGACUUGCUUCGUCUCCAGUCCAGCCCAACAUCGGGCCCUCUUUCCCGGUGGGACCUUUCCUGUCUCAGUUUGCUUUCCCCCAAGACAUCACGAUGGUCCCUCAGGCUUCAGAGAUCUUAGCCAAGAUGUCAGAGCUGGUGCAUCGGCGACUGAGACACGGCAGUAGUAGCUACCCUCCAGUAAUUUACAGCCCUUUGAUGCCCAAAGGGGCUACAUGCUUUGAGUGUAACAUAACAUUCAAUAACUUGGAUAACUACCUAGUUCAUAAAAAACACUACUGCAGCAGCCGAUGGCAGCAGAUGGCCAAGUCCCCCGAGUUUCCGGGUGUUUCCGAGAAGAUGCCUGAAGCUGUAAGUCCCAACACUGGCCAGGCUUCCAUAAACCUUCUCAACCCAGCUGCUCAUUCUUCAGACCCAGAAACGCCGCUUCUUCAAACACCGUGCAUCAACUCCUCUGCUGUCUUAGAUCUGAUGGGGCCGAACGGCAAAGGCCAUGAGAAGGACUUUAACACUCCAGCCAAAAAGCCGUCCGCCUCCAACAGCAACGACGACAAAAUGAACGGCAAGCCGGUUGAUGUGAAAAAUCCCAACGGCCCCUUAGUGGACGGGGAAAGUGACCCAAAUAAGACCACCUGUGAGGCUUGUAACAUCACCUUCAGCAGGCACGAAACGUACAUGGUCCACAAACAGUAUUACUGUGCCACACGCCAUGACCCUCCGCUGAAGAGGUCCGCUUCCAACAAAGUGCCGGCCAUGCAGAGAACCAUGCGCACACGCAAGCGAAGAAAGAUGUAUGAGAUGUGCCUACCUGAGCAGGAGCAAAGGCCGCCCCUGGUCCAGCAGAGAUUUCUUGAUGUAGGCAACCUCAGCAAUCCUUGUAGCUCCUCUCAAGAGCCCACCGAGGGGCUCGGCGAAUGCUACCACCCGAGAUGCGACAUCUUCCCUGGAAUUGUCUCAAAGCACUUGGAAACUUCGUUGGCCAUGAACAAAUGUGUUCCGGUUCCCAAAUGUGACACGACCCAUUCCAGUGUCUCCUGCUUGGAAAUGGACGUGCCCAUAGAUCUCAGCAAAAAGUGUUUAUCGCAGUCGGAGCGGACGACCGCGUCUCCCAAAAGGCUGCUAGAUUACCACGAGUGCACCGUGUGCAAGAUCAGCUUCAAUAAGGUCGAGAACUACCUGGCCCACAAGCAGAAUUUCUGCCCGGUCACCGCACAUCAGCGUAAUGACCUAAGUCAGCUGGAUGGCAAGGUGUUUCCCAAUCCAGAAAGCGAACGGAACAGCCCCGACGUCGGCUUUGAAAGAAACCUGGUCAGAUGUGAGAAGAACGGGAAUCCGAAGCAGCCCUCUCCCAACGGAAACUUGUUCUCGUCCCAUUUAGCAACUUUACAAGGUCUGAAAGUCUUCAGCGAAGCCGCGCAGCUCAUCGCUACAAAAGAAGAGAACAAACAUUUAUUUCUUCCCCAAUGCCUUUACCCUGGAGCAAUAAAGAAGACGAAAGGAGCCGACCAGCUUUCUCCAUACUAUGGCAUAAAGCCAAGCGAUUAUAUCUCUGGUUCUCUCGUCAUCCACAACACCGACGCAGAACAAAGCACAAACGCAGAAAAUGAGUCUCCGAAAGGCCAGGCCUCCUCAAACGGGUGUGCCGUGCCCAAGAAAGAUUCUCUGCCGCUCUUGCCCAAAAACAGAGGCAUGGUCAUAGUGAACGGUGGACUGAAGCAAGACGAAAGGCCUCCGGCCAACCCGCAGCAAGAGAACAUUUCCCAGAAUGCCCAGCACGACGAUGACCACAAAUCCCCUUCGUGGAUCUCUGAGAACCCACUAGCUGCAAACGAGAAUGUCUCGCCAGGAAUUCCCUCGGCAGAAGAACAGUUGUCUAGCAUAGCGAAAGGUGUGAAUGGCUCCACCCAGGCUCCCGGCAGUGGGAAAUACUGCCGGCUAUGUGAUAUCCAGUUCAAUAACCUUUCAAACUUUAUAACUCACAAGAAGUUUUAUUGCUCGUCACAUGCAGCGGAACACGUCAAGUGAACUAACUGAGUUUAAAAGGAAAGCAGUUACCUUUGGUACCAGUGUUUAGUAUGUUCUUCUAAACAGUCCAGAAAACAAAGGCACUGUGUGAAUUACAUCUGGCAACCAGGAGACAUUCAUUACGUCUGAGUUGAAGACUUAAGAUGUAAUUUCAUUACAGACCAUUAGUAAAGUGUAUUAUUGGUGCCAUUUUCAAAAACAAAAUUAAUUUAUUUUACCAGCAGUAUUCAUAGCUGUGGUUAUGUUAUUUUUUAUUUAAAAACUUUAUAUUAAAGUCAUUUGUAAUGUUAUUGUAUAGUUAUUGUGUAGCACAUAUGGUUUGCACUGUAUAGUAGCUUUUAACGAAAAUAGUCACAAACAAUACAGAAGAGCAUUUUAGACAUAGCUUCAAAAGCACUUGUGUACCCUGAUUUUUUCCUUAUAUGCUGUUGCAGAUAUCCGUAUAUGCUAAAAUAUAACCUGCAAACCUGUUCUAAAUACCCACGCUCUAAGUUCGCCUUAAGAUUUCAAUUCUUGGAUAAUCAGGCUCCAUUUGCACUUUAUAUUUUAGCAAAUACAGUCGCUAGGCUUCGCAUUCGUAUGUAGCCGUGUAUUUCUGUCCAUUUUCUCAACCUUAAACACGGAUGUUAAUUGGAGAUGGCAUUUUCCUUUCUUGUAUAGUACUUGUAUUUUCUUUCGCUGAUGCAGCCCUGUCUCAAUUUUUAAACCUUCGCUGUUAAAUGCAAUACUUUAUAAAGAAUGAGCAAAAUUACUGGAAGCAGUAUUGUAAGGAAUGGAGUACUUCUAAUCGGUUUUCUCUUUCGAGAGGCACAGUCUAAAACGAAAUCCUAAACUCACUGCUGCAAGUAUGGAUUUAAUUCAUAUAUAAGAUCUAUUUAAGUAUAAAGAGUAGCAAUACUGCACCUGGUGAUCACAAAGAUAACGUUCUACUUCUGAUAGAAAUAAUUUCUCAGCCAACGUUGUUACUAUGCAUGUACACGGAUGGAAUAAAAUUCCAAAUUGUUG